CCAACUUUAUAGUGGAAGCAGGACUCGCAGGAGGAAGCUCUCAGUUGUUUUGAUGAGUGCCACGGCCACCAUGUGAAUCGUUUUGGAUGCUUGCCUACAACUUUGCAAUUCCUCUCCCUCUCCGUCUCGGUUUCUACUCAUCUAAUGAAAUGGCCAAGCUACUGUGCCCUCCCCUCACUCCCCCACCACUUCCGUUCCCUUCUUCGCGCCUGCGCUCGACACUCCUCUCUCGACACGGGCAAGAAACUCCACGCCACUAUCAUCACCACAGGCCUUGCCGCUUCCCCGGACUCCUUUCUUCCCAACGCCCUCUUUCACUUGUAUGCUGCAUGCCAUGACUUAUGUUAUGCACAAAAACUAUUCGAUGGAAUUCCAAACUCGCACAAAGACACCAUAGACUGGACCAUCUUAAUGGGCUGCUGUGCCCGACAUGGGGAGCCGAGGAAUGCGCUACAUAUGUUUGUUAAAAUGGGAAAAGAGGGAGUGAAGGUCGAUGAUGUGGCCGUGGUUUGCGUGUUCAAUGCGUGUGCAUGGUUGGGAGACCAUUUGUUUGGCGUGCAAGGGCAUGGUUGCGUGGUGAGGAUGGGAUUGAAUGCUAGUGUGAAGGCGUGCAAUGCAGUUAUGGAUAUGUACGUGAAGUGUGAGAUGUUGGGUGAAGCGAGGCGGGUGUUUGAAGAGAUGGAGGAACGGAGUGUUGUGUCAUGGACAGUGAUCUUGGAUGGUGUGGUUAAAUUUGAAGGUGUGGGAAGUGGGAGGGUGGUGUUUGAUAUGAUGCCAGAUAGAAAUGAGGUUGCGUGGACUAUAAUGAUAGUGGGUUAUGUGGAGAGAGGGUUUGUCCGGGAAGCACUGUUGCUUCUUGGCGAGAUGGUUUUUUAUUGUGGUUUGGAGUUGAAUUAUGUUACUCUUUGUUCUUUUUUAUCAGCAAGUGCACAGUCGGGGGAUGUGAUGAUGGGUAAGUGGGUUCAUGUUUAUGCCUUGAAGACACUAGGAUGGCAGAUGGAUAUCAUGGUGGGCACAGCUUUGGUAGAUAUGUACGCAAAAUGUGGAAGAGUUGAUGCUGCGUAUAAGGUUUUUAAGUGUAUGCCUCAAAGGAAUGUGGUGGCGUGGAAUGCUAUGCUUAAUGGCUUAGCCAUGCAUGGGCGGGGUAAAGUUGUGGUGGAUAUGUUUCCUCGUAUGGUCAAAGAAGCCAAGCCAGAUGAUGUAACCUUCGUGUCUGUGUUAAGUGCCUGCAGUCACUCAGGUCUCGUUGAUAAGGGUGGCCGAUACUUCCAUGACCUUGAAUCUGUAUAUGGCAUUACACCUAAAUUAGAGCAUUAUGCUUGCAUGGUGGACCUUCUCGGUCGGGCUGGCCGUUUUGAAGAAGCUGAGAUUUUAAUAAAGAAGAUGCCAAUGCCUCCAAACGAAGUGGUUAUGGGAUCCCUUCUGGGUUCCUGCAGUGCUCACGGAAAGCUGCAGUUGGGUGAACGCUUUCUGCAAGAGCUGUUACAAAUGGAUCCCCACAACACGGAAUAUCAUAUCCUGCUUUCAAAUAUGUAUGCUUUAGCAGGAAAGCGGGACAAGGCUAAUUCCCUCAGGCAGAUUCUUAAAAAGAGAGGAAUUAAAAAGGUGCCCGGAAUGAGUUCAAUUCAUGUUGGUGGUCAAGUUCAUCAGUUCAGCGCAGGGGAUAAGUCACAUCCACAAACCACAGAGAUUUAUAUCACGUUGGACGAGAUGAUUAGAAGAUUGAAAUUGGCUGGAUAUGCCCCAAAUGCUGCUUCCCAAGUUUUCUCCGGUUGUGACAAUAGGGAAGGAAACAUGGAUCAUGAACAAGAGGAGAUAGAGCAGGCCCUGUUCUCUCACAGUGAGAAGCUGGCAGUCUGUUUUGGUCUGAUGAGCACAAGACCCGGUUCACCUCUUUAUAUUUUCAAGAACCUACGUAUAUGCCAAGACUGUCACUCUGCUAUUAAGAUAGUUUCUGACAUAUACGAUCGAGAAAUUGUUGUGAGGGACCGCAACCGUUUUCAUUGUUUUAAGCAAGGUUGUUGUUCUUGUUCUGAUUAUUGGUGACCAUUAUUACUUCAAUACACUCACGAUUGUACAAAAAUAGUUUAGGUCUUAUUCUUUAGCUGCUGGUCUCUUUGUACCUUCUGAUUAUCAGGAAGAUUGUCCCGGAGGCUCAUGCGUA